UGCGGGGUGAAAUUAAAGGACACCACGUGAAUCAAUUUUUCAGUUGUUCAGUCUAAUACUUUACCCAAACCAUGCCUUCUGCUUCGUCGAAACAAGCCGCUCAAACCCCUAACACGGAGACGUCUGACGCCGUACGUCAGGUUAUUGCCGUCGUUGAGAAGAAGAUCAGAAACCUGGAAAAGCGAAAGGUUAAGCUUGAUGGUUACAAGGUGAUGGUAACUGAGGGCCAGGAAUUGAAUAAAGACCAGCUUGAUGCCCUUGCCAAGUAUGAUGAAGUUGCUAGUAACGUUGAAUUUGCGAAAGAACUCAUCAAGCAUUUCCAGACGAUCCUCCAAGAUGCUGUAAAACAGCAGAAAAGGACGGCGAAGCGUGAGCACAUCCAACGUCUCGAGGCACAACAAAAAAGUGUCCGAAGCAUACUUGAGCUGCAGGACCUACUUGAUCAACUCGGCAACGAGAAUGUGAGGAACGAUUUCAUCAAGGGAGAUCAUGGUGCUGUGACUCUGUCAGAAGAGCAGUUGAAUCACCUUGAUGAGUUCUAUAAGUUGGUGUCGCCAACGAGAGAAGAAGGCAAACAAGAAGGCAGCAAACAAAAGUAUGUCACAGAAUAA